AUUUCUUUUUCUUUUGAUUUCAUCUUCCCACUCCCUUCUUUUUAACAAUUUACGUUUAAUUUUUUCUUUUGAAAAGAACUAGUAAAUACAAAAUGGCAGGAGAAGAAGAUAAUAAAAGAGGCGAAUACGUCCUCUCUGAAAAAAUUGUUACUGAUGAAUCAGAAAAGACUCAUGGCUACGAUCUUGAUGAAAAGCACGGCGACGAAUACCAAGAAUCUGUUCUAUCAAAUGCCAAGGACCGUAAAAAUGAUCAUGAACAUCAAUUUAAUGAUUACCUUGUCGACCACGAAGACUUAGACAUGGCUAUCAUCAACGAAGUUACUGUAACCGAAGAUGAUGUUAAUAUGAGAGUUCUUACUUUCAGAGCAAUGUUUGUUGCUAUCUUACUUGCAGCUUUAAGUUCUUCAGUUCAACAACUUAUGCUUUUCAAGCCUGUUGGUGCUGGUUUGUCUGAUACAUUUCUGUUGAUUCUUGGUUAUGUUAUUUGUACUCUUUGGGCUAGAUACCUUCCCAAAGGAGGUUGGUUAAAUCCUGGACCCUUCACUAUUAAGGAGCAUACCUGUAUUUAUAUUGUGGUUGCAUCAGCUAACGUUUCCGCCUAUGGUACUUACAUUCUUACUGCUCAAGAACUUUUCUAUACGGACUCUCCUUCUGUUGCAGGUGGUAUCUUCUUGUUGUUUGCUACCCAGAUUGUUGGUUACGGUAUUGCUGGUCAGCUUAGACCCUAUCUUGUAUACCCUGCAAAUAUGACUUGGCCCCUUUCUUUACCUGUUGUAUCUUUGCUUAAGACUUUCAACACUGACGCUGCCGAAGCUAAAUGGCGUACGAGAUUUUUCUUCAUUAUUUUCGGUGGUAUCUUUAUUUAUGAAUUCCUUCCACAAUACAUGUUCCCUCUUCUCGGUGGUGUAUCUAUUGUUUGUAUUGCUAAAAACGAUAGUGUUUGGGUCCAACGUCUCUUUGGUGGAAUCAAUCCUAACGAAGGAUUGGGUAUUUUACAAUUUACAUUCGAUUGGAGUCAAAUGUCCAACAUGGCUCCCCUCGUUAUUCCCCUUUGGAUUCAGUUAAACGUAUUUGCUGGUGUUCUGCUUCUUUGGAUCCUUAUUCCUCUUACAUACUAUUAUGAUGUCUGGGAUGCCAGAAGUCUUCCUUUCAUCUCCAGUAAGCUCUUCAAAAUCGAAAACGGCACCUAUAUUCCCUAUCCUCAGACUACUGUAUUGAAUCCCGAUAACAGUCUUAACAAGACCCUUUUUGCAGAGGUUGGUAACCCCAACUACAGUACUUCUAAUGCUUUGUUGUACGUCUACAUGAAUAUGGCUAUUACUGCCAGUAUGACCCACGUUGCUCUCUUCCACGGCAAAGAAAUUUGGUCUGGUUUCCGUCAUCUUAAGAGAAAGAUUAGCACUGGUGAUAUUGACAUCCACAUGAAGUUAAUGCAGGCCUAUCCUGAGGUUCCCAGCUGGUGGUAUUACUUAGUUUUUGUUAUCGGUAUUGGACUUAAUAUUGGUGUUGGUUAUGCUAAUCAUUCUCAACUUCCUUGGUGGGGUUUCAUUUUGGCCAUUGCCACUUCUUCUAUUCUCUCUUUACCAUUGAACAUGAUUACUGCUAUGACUGGUUACGGUUUUGGCUUGAACGUAUUCACAGAGAUGAUUUGUGGUUUUGUAUUACCCGGUUACCCCAUUGCUAAUAUGUACUUCAAGACCAUUGGUUACAACACUAUGCAUCAAGCCGGUUUGAUGGCAAGAGAUUUAAAAAUUAGUCAUUACAUCAAGGUUCCUCCUAAGAUGACUUUCCUUCAUCAAAUGGUUGGUACAAUUGUUGGUUGUGUUUUCAAUUAUAUUGUCAAUGCCUCUGUUGUUAAAAAUGAACGUGAGAUCCUUCUCAGCGCCACCGGUAAUCAGUUCUGGAAUGGUAACAGUUUCCAAACCAUUAACGCUGCUGCUAUUACCUGGGGUGCUAUUGGUCCCAUGGCUAUGUUUGGUCCUGGUACAAAAUACUAUCUUUUCCUUUGGGCUUUUAUUAUUGGAUUUUUCCUUCCAAUCCCUGGAUGGUAUCUCCACAAGAAGUUCCCUAAUGUUGGCUUCCAAUACUUCAGUGUUCCUAUGUUUAUCACCGGUAUGACUAUUACUCCUGGUAGUAGCACCUCUUGGCUUAACACUAGUUUCAUUGUCGUCAUAAUCUCUCAAGUUUAUAUCAAGCGUCGUUACAGUGAAUGGUUCGCCAAGCAUAACUUCUUGAUGUCUGCUGCCUUAGAUUCCGGAGCAUCGCUCAUGGCUUUCUUUGUUUCUGUUGUCUUUUAUGGUGCUGCCGGUGGUAAAGUCAUCGAAUUUCCCUCCUGGUGGGGUAAUGAUUUAGAUGCAACUUACAUCGAUAAGUGUUGUAAGAACUGUUAA